GUAAUUUUGCUUUUUUGUGUCAAACUCAUACCGUUGCUAUAGCUAUAAAAUCUUGUAUCACACACACUUCACAUUAUGAGUCCUAAACCAACCAAAAACUUUCCAUGGCAAACCAAAACCCUCCUUCAAUUCCCAUAUCAAACUCUCAAACCACCAUAACCAAUCCAACAAAAAAUUUCUCAGCAAACAUGAUCAUUCAGAAAGUGAAAACCAACUUGGUUUUACACUCAAAAUGGGGUGAACUUAAUGGUGCCAUGGGUGACCUUGGCACCUAUAUACCUAUAGUUCUUUCUUUGACUCUAUCAAAGAACCUCAACCUUGGCACCACAUUAAUCUUCACAGGUGUAUACAACAUUCUCACUGGUGUCAUAUAUGGGGUCCCUAUGCCGGUCCAGCCCAUGAAAUCCAUUGCCGCGGAGGCUUUAUCGGAUACCACCUUCGGUGUACCGGAGAUCAUGGCGUCUGGAAUCUUGACUAGUGUCGCGGUUUUUUUAUUGGGUGCCACCGGGUUGAUGCAACUGGUGUACAAGUUUAUUCCUUUAUCUGUUGUGAGGGGAAUUCAACUAGCACAAGGUUUAUCAUUUGCUUUAACAGCUGUUAAAUAUGUUAGAAAAGUGCAAGACCUUCCAAAGUCUAAAGCUUUGGGUCCAAGACCUUGGUUUGGUUUAGAUGGGUUGGUUUUAGCCAUUGUUUGUGUUUGUUUUAUUGUCAUUGUGAAUGGUGCUGGUGAUGGUGAAAGUGAAAAUCAUCAUAGGUGUUGUAAUGGUGAAGAAAGUGGAGAAAAAAAGAGGACUAGUAGAGUGAGGAAAGUUGUUUUUUCACUUCCUUCUGCUUUUAUAAUCUUUGUUUUAGGUGUUAUUUUGGCAUUCAUGAAAAAGCCAAAUGUGGUUCAUGAAAUCAAAUUUGGACCCUCUUCAAUAGAAGUGGUGAAGUUCAGUAAACAUGCAUGGAAGAAAGGUUUUGUGAAAGGUACAGUUCCUCAACUACCUUUGACAAUCUUGAACUCUGUGAUAGCUGUUUGCAAGCUGUCAAAGGAUUUGUUUCCUGAAAAGGACUUUUCGGUCACUUCAAUUUCAGUGACAGUUGGGUUGAUGAAUUCGGUUGGUUGUUGGUUUGGUGCUAUGCCAUGUUGCCAUGGUGCUGGUGGAUUAGCAGGGCAGUAUAAAUUUGGUGGAAGGAGUGGAGGGUGUGUGGCACUUCUUGGUGUUGUCAAAUUGGUAUUGGGAUUGGUGUUAGGAACAUCAUUGGCACACAUAUUGAAGAUGUUUCCUGUUGGGAUAUUGGGUGUGUUGCUUUUGUUUGCUGGGAUUGAACUUGCUAUGUGUGCUAGAGAUAUGAAUAGUAAAGAAGAUUCAUUUGUGGCACUUGUUUGUACUGCUGUUUCAUUGGUUGGAUCAAGUGCUGCUCUUGGAUUUUUGGUUGGAAUGGUUGUGUAUUUGCUUCUUAAGCUAAGGAAUUGGACAAAAGAUAAACCAUAGUAUAGGUUCAUAAAAGAGAUUUGGAUUUGUUAGAGACAUAAAUUCACGUAUUCAUGUGAUUAACGUGUUCGCUGGAUCAAGAUCAUACGGUAGAGAAAGCAAGAAGAUUUUGAUAUUUUUUUAAUAGUAAAAUAUCAAAAUUAAAAUCUGAACUUCCUGAUCUUGAUUCAAGAGUUAUCAAUGUGUUUAUUUCGUGAAUCUGUAAGAUUUGUGAUUGAACACAAUUCAAAUUCUCGUCAGAAUAUCUAACUAUAGCUAGUUUAAUAUUGUUCGUUAUUUAGUGUAGUUUUAAAUUGUGGUACUAU